CUAGUCCAAUUGCACUUUUUCGGGGGUGUGUGUGCGUGAUUUUCUUUUUCUUGUUUAUUAUUUGUUUUUGUGAAUUAAAUUUAACGUUUUGUGCGCCAAUUUAAAGUGGAUCCAACCAGGGGGCUUGUUGUCAACAAAGGGAUUUGAACAAAGGCUGCUCCAAUAACUGCAAACACCGGCAAAACAACAAAAUGCAGGUGGAGGCAAUCAACGAGUGCCCUGACGUCACGCUCGGGCAGCAGCUGAAAAACAAAACCAAUGGGAUUUCCUCGCCCACAGCCAGAAGUAAAACAAACGGGGAACCGAGCGCACGGAUCUAUACCUCCACUCCGAAGACCUCUUACCCAAGACUUCAGCAGUUCGCGGGCGUUGCGGAACCCACGGCAAAGGGGCGUGUGGGCGUGGUGGCACUAGCACUCGACCCACGGAUCAAGACUGCGGCCGUUCUCUUUGGCCUACUGAUUAUCGGCUACAAAAUCGUCAUCCUAGCCAUGCCUUAUAUCAGCGCCGACUCCAUCCAGGUGUGGAGCCGCCAGGUGCAGGGUCAGUGGAACGAGACCUUGGCGUGGGCCGACAAGCACCAGCUCAGCGCCAAGCUGAGUCCACUGCUGUGUGGUCUACUUGUGUCGGCAUUAGCCUACGGAAUUGUGUACUUGGACAGCGCAGUGCCCGGCGUGAAUCCGCCCUCGCCCUUUUCGCCACGUUCCAAGAAGCGUUUCCGUGAUGAGAAGUCAGCCUCGCUGCACUUGGGCUACUUGUGCGCCCUGUCAUGCGGGGUUUUCGUCGCGCUCUUUAUGUACUUCGACUUGUAUUCGUAAGAGAUGAGUCCCACUUACUUCCACUUAGUUAGAAAUCUACAACAGUAUUAGAGUUUAAUCAGUCUCUAUUUUGGAAUUUGUAUCAAUUUGUAACCGUAUAUUUAGUCUUUGUAAUUGUGCAAUGCUCCUGGAGAGAUGGUACCACCACUAGGGCAUCGUUUUGAAGCUAACUUAGUUCCUAGUUAUAUAAAUAUUAUAAAUUAUAUAAGUUAAAUACUAAAUCCCUAACUUAUUCAGUUGAUUUCUCACCAACAACUAUUAAAGAGUACAAAAUGAAACACAUUUCAAUGCAGAUUCCACGGGCCAGGCUAGGAAAUUUUACAUAUAUUGUCGCCUGGCCCUGAGAAUCGCGAGAAAACUAUAUAUGGAAAUGAAAUUCCAAAAAAAAUAAAUUACUUAUGCACAUUGUUUUGCAUUAAAAUA